AUGCGUUAUCAAUAUACUCCGCUGGGACUCCUUCUGGCAUCCAUGACUGGCGUCUUUGCAGUACCCCUUGAGUUAACUCACGCUGCUGCUGCGGACGACGCUGAGAAGGCCAACCAAGCCAAUCUCGACACGGCCACAGUCGAAGCCAACCGACAAAUCGGUAUAAUGGGAAAAGUCAUUGCAGACCCUGAGAACGAAAAGCAUGCAGCUCUUAUCAAGGCCGCCUUCGGACCGAACGCCGACGUGAGCGUCAUUCAAGCAAAUGUCGAGAAGCUCAAGACCGGCAAGGUUCCUGUCCAGCUUGCUGCCGAGCCAAAAGUUCUCGCCUACACGUUGUACGAUAAGAGCACGAAUCCCAUGGUCGCUCAACAUGUUGUUUUCGGUGAAGAUUUCCAUAAAGGUUCGGCCGCCACUCAAGCUGGUACCCUGAUUCAUGAAGCCACACAUGUACUCUCGGACACUGGCGAUUAUAUGAAGGGUAAGCCUGGCACUAUGAUCCCAGGUAGCGACCCACGCGACUCAGCCAAAACGGGAUACACAAAGUCGUUAGAGCCGUAUACGACCAUUGAAGCCAUCAAUGCCGACAAAACUUUCAGCAAGAUACGAGAUAAGACUGAGGGUAUGCACAAUAACGCGGAGUCCUACGCGCAAUUUGCAAGCUUAUGCUCUAAUGCUGGUCUCCGCCGCCGCGAGUUCCACAUGUACAGACGAGCGUUGGCGGAUGGUGAUCACGACAUGGCCGCCCAUUACCUCGUGAGGCGCCAGUACUGCGAGGUUCCCAAGGACUACUUCAAGAAUAAACUGGCUGCCAAAAAGGCUGCGGAGGCAAAAGCUGCCGCAGAGGCAAAAACUCCUGCCGCUGGUGACAAGAAAGCUGCAUCGAAGCUCGCCACAACCUCUAAAGCCUUGGGCCGUUUGACUGCUGGUGCCAAGAAGUCCGCUCUGACACCUGGGUCCAAGAAAUUGGCUUUGACGCCUGGAUCCAAGAAAUCGGCUUUGUCACCUGGGCCUAAAAAAUCCGCACUCACGACUGGCGCGAAAAAAUCCAAACUCGCCACCACAGCUAAAGGACGUUUGUCCGCUGGAAAGAAACCUGCUCUGACACCUGGAGCGAGGAAAUCCCCUCCCACAGGCGAAAAGCCAUCAUCCAAACUCUCCGCCACCUCCAAAGCUUCCAAACUCACCAAAUCAGCGCUUGGCACCAAAGGCAAACUUGCAGGGAAAGGUGUUCGUAAACCAACCUCGAAGUCAACUACUGGCAAACGUGUUGCCUCUGCCAAAUUCGGAGCCGCUGGCCCGAAAAAACUUGUCGCUGGUAAGAAACCCGCCACAGCCAAGUCCCUGACGAAGGGAGCAGCUCGCGCUGGUGCCAAAAAGGUCGCUGGUGCGCGUACACCGGGUUCCAAAAAGGUGGCUGGCUCCCGUACUACCAAGGGAGCGGGUACUAAGAAGGCGCCUGGCGCGAAAGCUCUGACCAAGGGAGCGGGCACCAAGAAGGCAGUUGGCGCGAAGUCGCUGACCAAAGGAGCAAAUCGUGCAGGGUCCAACAAGGUCACUGGUGCCCGUACCACCAAGGGAGCGGCUUCGAAGAAGGCAGGUGCCGCGAAGGCUCUUACCAAGGGAGCAAACCGUGCAGGGUCUAAGAAGGUUGCUGGUGCCCGCACUCCCAACUCUUCUAGCAAGGGGGCGGGCUCCAAGAAACCUGUUGGUGCGAAGUCCUCUUCCAAGGGAGCAAACCGUGCGGCUGUCAAGAAGACUACGUCAAAAGUUGGGGGAACUCAAAAGGGAGCCGCCGCAGGAGCUAAAAGGCCUUCCGCCAAGAACACUGGAGCUCGCAAACCGACAUCCAAGGUCGCUGGAAAGCCCACCUCCAAGGCCCUCGUGAAAGGAGCGGCUGGCGCCAAGAAAGUCACGUCCGCGGGUAAGCCGGCAUCAAAGGUUUCUUCACCCACUAGAGGUGCCACUGGUGCUAAGAAGGUUGUCGGAGCAGCCGCUAAAUCUGCUCCCAAGAAGAGCACCGUUUCGGCUGCCAGCAAGGGAGCUGUGAAGAGUAUUGUGACCCCGCAGAAUUUGAAGAAGGCUGCGACGCUCACGGCUACUGUGGCUUCAAAGGGCAAGAAGAAGUAA